AUGGUGUCUUCCCUCUUAUUGUUGUCAACAGGUAGAAUAUUGCUGGACAUCCCGUGCAAAGUUUGCAAGGAUCAUUCUUCCGGAAAACAUUAUGGCAUUUUUGCCUGCGACGGAUGCGCCGGAUUUUUCAAGAGAUCAAUCCGGAGAAAUCGGCAGUACAUUUGCAAGGCGAAAGACGAAGGCAAGUGCUUGGUGGACAAGACGCACCGGAACCAGUGCAGGGCUUGUCGAUUGGUCAAAUGCAUCGAAGCUGGGAUGAACCGAGAAGCCGUGCAACACGAGCGAGGCCCACGAAAUUCCACGAUCCGCAGGCAAAUGAGCAUGUUGAUGAAAGAAGGGUUGGAGAUGUCUGCACCCUACGGCAUCCCGAACCCGUCAAUGGUCGGGCACCACCCCCACCACCAGCAACAGCACCACCACCACCACCACCAGCUCCAUCACCAGAACAACCACCAGCACCACCAUUUUGGUCCUCAUGCGCCGCCUCCACAGACUCAGGCCUCGCACUUGGGAUACGCCUUCCCGAGGUUCCCUUCCCUCGGCUGUCCGCGCUUUGAUAUGUCGCCUGUGGCGCCUUCCGCACCACCUCAGGCACCACCACCACCACCACCGUCGGGUCUGACGAAUGUGGCAACCGUGGUGACGACGACACAGGGUCAGCCUGCGAGUCACGGGUUGUUGGCUGCUGCCGCUGCUGGUGUCACUUCAACGCCAUUCGUGUAUCCUCACAUUCCAAAGUAUCCCAGUCCGGCGAUCAAAGUCGAACAGAGCUCACCACCACCACCGCCGCCACAACAACAACCGCCUCUGAUCCAAGGCCUGCUCCAAGACGUGGAACUCAUUUGCGAAAGCGCCGCCCGUCUCCUCUUCCUCAACGUGCAGUGGGCCAAAAACUUGCCAGCUUUCACGGGCUUGCCAGCCAGAGACCAGCAAAUGCACGUGGAUCAAACCGAGUUUGCGUGUCUCAAGGCCAUCGUGCUGUUCAAAACCGCCUUUUCCUCGGGGGACGCCUCGGUGGAGUUGCAGGGCCUGAAGGAGCCCGGGACAGUGGCCGUGUUGCAGGACCAGGCCCAACUCACGCUGUGCAGAUACAUUGCAGCAGCUUAUCCGAAUCAGCCGUUUCGAUUUGGCAAGUUGUUGUUGCUCCUGCCGACACUCAGGACGGUUUCCAGUCACACCAUUUCCAAGCUGUUUUUCCAGAAGACGAUCGGAGCCACGCCGAUCGAAAAGGUC